CAGCGGAACAACUGAGGCUGAUGUAAUGCCACACGUGAUCAAAUUUCAAGACGCGUCGCGUAGAUGGCAAACAUCCAAACAACCCUGUAACUUGUAACAAAAAAUGUAUAAUCUAGAUUCUUCUCCUAGUCCACCUAGAAAGAAGAUGAGAAUGUCUUCUCCGACUUACGACGAACAAGUCGAUGACAUGAGUCAAGACGAUAUAAGCGCUUUCGAUGCCAUAGAAGCGCGCCUCUCUCAGCCAGCUCCUCCACUCCACAAAUUACCCCUACCAACAAACUCGCACCGCAGGCUCAGCCCUGGCGAAGCUGGAGAUCGUAGUACUUCGUCCGAUCAGGACCUACUGCUCUCUUCUCAGGACAUAGCUUCUCAAGACGACAACAAUCCUUUUGCUUCUGACCCAUUCGCUGAUUCAAACGCCACGAAACAAGUAGUACAUCCAUCUUUUUCCAAAGCAUCUGCCGUUCUCCCUCCAGUAGGCUUCAAGUCUGCAUCGGCCUUGCCCACUCAGAAUGCGGAUGACUCACACCGCUCACCUUCACCCGAGGUACCCCCGGAAAUCGAUUACUCUUCGUGGUUUACCUCGGCUCCUCCUGCGACUUUCCUUGGCUUUCAAUCUGCUUCGUCCCGCCUUGACAAAACCAAAGAGAAUGUCCCCGAGGCGACUGUCAGUCACAGCACACCUAUAGGUUUUACAUCCGUCGGAAAAGGGAAUCUAAUUAUGCCAUCAACUACCGCAUUGCGAAAGGCUGAGGAAAAGAUUAAGCUGUGGCAGGAAGAGAUUGACGAUCCGAGUUCCUCCCAAAGAUCUGGAGAGUUUGCGCCCUCUUCCUCAGCACGACCAUCCUCGCCUCAGCGCACCGUUCUGGGAGCAGUGCACAAUUCAUUGUCACCUCAAGUUCCAGAUACGCCGACUCCUGCGAUGGCUACUCGCAGGUCGUUCGAAGCUGCAGCACGAUCAACACUUGACGCACCGACGCUUCGUCCAAUCGCGGGGAUAGCCACCUCUACAUAUGUCAACUCACCCCUUAAUCCUCAUCGUCAAAGCUUCACGUCUGCAUCUUCUCAUAUGACUCCAUCUAGUUCUGCUGUGCCAGGAACGCCUAUUCGUCCCUCACCAUCGGUUAAUACUGGGGGCGCAUUUCGACCACUGGGCCUUACACCGCGAAAUUUACGUGGUGGUCCGGUCAAGAACAAGUUUAUGACGCCUUUUAAACCAGGUGUCAAACCUCUAGAUUUGAAUAAUGCGGCAUCAACUCCACCAUCGUCUGUUUCCCCAAGCCCCGGCUUACAGCGACCUAUGUAUCCACCCUCAGCAACCCAGUCUCCUAGGCCAGUAAAGAAAGCUCCCGAAAAGGGUACAGGCAGAGUAUUCAACCUUGUACCUCCUGCAGGAAGGAUGACACUUGUCAAUUCUAGUCUUACACCUCAGGCCUACACAACCGCAGAGCUUGAGGAUCGGGGAAUAAAUGUCACAGAACUAUCCCAGAUAACACCAGCUACUGCUCUCUUUUACACGUUUUACACGCCAUCUGCUACACCGAAUGAAGGUGUUCGGCCCUCUGAUGCGAAACCUCUCGGACCUACUGCCGCUUUAGAAGAACUCUACGCAAGAGGGUGUUCGUUGGCCACACAGGAAUGGAUUAACAACCAUUGGCCACUUAUCCUCUGGAAGCUCGCUGGAAUGGUCUCACUCGAGCCAGAAGCAGAGUCCGAUCCCGAUCGCAAACGAUGGUGCUGGCCUGAAGUGAUCCGCCAGCUACUGUACAGAUACGAACGAGACUUGAACGGGUCAACACGACCACCACUACGACUGAUUACCACAAAAGAUGCGCCUGCUGCAUCCCCGAUGGUGCUUUGCGUGUCAAAUGUGACUUGGUCACCAGUCGGAGAAACUGACGACGGUUUUCCCAUUCCUUCACAUCCCGAAUUAGAGGUGACAGACGGAUGGUAUAGAUUGCGCGCGAGGGUCGAUAAGCCGCUUGCGAGAGCCAUCCGUAAGGGUCAUAUCAAGAUCGGCAGGAAGAUCGCUGUCACUGGAGCCAGGCUCUCUGCAGAGCGCAAAGAUGGACAAGAAGUCCUCGAGGCAUAUGAUUCAAGUGUCCUGGUGCUGACAGGCAACUCGUCCCAUAUGGCCCCCUGGCACGCAAAGCUUGGCUUCCAGCGAAGUCCAUUCAUUGCAAUGCUAAACAGCCUCACAGCGGAUGGUGGAAACGUGGCCGUUGCAGCUGUUGAAAUUAUCAAGAUUCAUCCCGUCGCAUACAUCGAAUUCUUCGAAGACGAAAACGGAAAGCGGAUGGAGGGUCCCCGCAGUGCCAAGGAUGAAAGUGCCUUGAGUGAACAAUGGAAGAGGAAGCGCGAAGUCGCUGCCUCAAAGAUUUGGUCAGACCUUGAAAGACGAGCGGCGUUGAUGAUGGGGUUUGUAGAUAGGCUUGAACAACGUGUGGGUCCGGGCUUUGAUGUCAAAAGCGAAGAAAUGCCGGACAAUCUUGACGAUUUAUAUGAAUCCUUGGAGGAGAGCGACCGUCACCAAGCCCAGGCGAUACUCUCACGGCUUAGCCGCCUUGAAGCAGGCAGUCUUGCUGCACACAUUCGAGAGAAGCUUCUUCAGGAUCGUGAAGCUGUCGCGGGAGAUAUCGAGCGAGAAUUGCAGGACAAAUGUCCCGCUCGGGAAGUGCGCAGUUUCCGCGGCGAUAUUGGUCGCAAAGCCCAGCUAACUGUCUGGGAUGUACUCAACUUAUUGGUUGCUGAAGGAUCCUCAGCAGGGGAGUUUAAAUUGGGCCAGAAGUUCCUCGUGACAAAUUUGAUGCCCAAGCAAAUAUCUGCCUGGAUGGACCGUGGCCCUGGAUCUGAAGUGUACCUUGCCACCACAAAGAAUUCUAGGUGGAAAAGGUUAGCAUGAGCGGCCAAUUACUGAACGUCAUGGGAGAGUAAGGUUUCUUGAUAGGUGUAGUGUAGGUUGAAGUGUAAUGAUAUCAUAUGUUUAAAGCCAACUUUGCAGGUAAUCUUCAUUUUGUCGACGCACAUUCAAAAA